AUGCAGGACGAUAUCGAUACCUUCUUCAACAAUACUGACGUGGCGGCCUCGGAGGCGCCUUUGACUGACCAGCCCGACCAGCCUAGCACCAACAAAAAGCGUAAAAAUGCACAGCCCAGCGAUGCCAGCAAGAAGCCCAAGGUCCAGGAGAAUCGCGCGAUCUACGUGAGCAAUCUCCCCCGCGAUACCAACCCGCAGGAGAUCGAGGAGGCGUUCAAGAAGUACGGCAUCAUAGACCAAGGCGCAGAUGGCAACAAGCGCAUCAAGAUGUACACCGACGAUGACGGAGAGUUCAACGGCGACGCUCUGAUUGUAUACUUCAAGAAGGACUCCGUAGAGCUCGCCGCUAGAAUGAUGGACGACUACUGGUUCCGUCUCGAGGACCAGACUCAGGGCAAGAUCCGCGUGAAGGAAGCCGACUUCUCGUACAAGCGUCACAAGGACGGUGAUGCGAUCGCUUCUAAGCUAACGCGAAAAGAUAAGAAAGCGUCAGAGAACAACCGACGCGAGCUCAAUCGCAAGCUUGCAGAGUGGUCUGAUAACGAGGAAGAGGUGAAAGAGACGUUCGCUCCCAAGAAGAACAAGUGGGCCAAGCUCUGUAUCGUCAAGCGAGCCUUCACCCUCCAGGAGCUGGAAGAGGAUGAGGCUGCGAUCCUCGACAUCAAAGAGGACAUGCGCGACGAGGCCGAAAAGCAUGGUUCAAUCACGAACGUCACCCUCUACGAUAAGGAGAAGGACGGGGUGCUCACCGUUCGCUUCCGCGAGUUUGAGGACGCCGAGAAAUUCCGUGAUGCGGUGAACGGAAAGGGUUAUGGUGGCAGAAAGCUCGAGGUGACGAUCGCAGAUGAUCGCGUCAAGUUCAGGAAGAGCGCCAAAGAAGAGGAGCCGGACAGCGAGGAUGAAGACCGCCCGGAGCGCGUUGUUGCGCAGUAG